GAGCCCUCGCCCCUUUUUUCUAGCAGAACUGGGUUUUCUCUCCGAGCGCGCCGCAUUUCUUGGACUUUGAUUCAAAUAGUCAAUACAUCGAAAUUCUUUUCGCGUUUUUGCUUCGGUUUAUUUAUCUUUUUGCUCCUUGGCCUGUUUCUGAUUCUGCUUUUUAAAGUCAGAUCUGGUCUACUAGUAGGUCCAUUCAUUCAUUCAUUCAAAAUUUCAGUCUUUAUAAAUAUAUAUACAUAUAUAUAUAUUUUAAAGAAAAAACCCUAGUCUUCUCAAGGAUCAGCUGAUUUUUAUAAAGAAAUCGUCUGGACGUUUUUUUCUUCUUACUGAAAGGAUCUUCAGGCAUCCUAAGACAUCUUCAAAAGCUUUAAAAUGCCCGAGAUGAGAGAUUUCAACAAUGUUCCAGAAGAUGACAGCAGCAGCUCAAACAGCAGUGAAUACCCAUGCCCAAAGAAGGUGCCACUGGAUGGCCAAUACCCCGAUUUUGACGCAGAGUGCCAAAACUUCCUCCCUGAACACACGGGCAAGAAGAAGUAUGCUACUGAAUCUCACCAGGGUAGUGCCUCCUUUGGCAUGUCCGUCUUCAACCUGGGCAACGCCAUCAUGGGCAGUGGCAUCCUGGGUCUGUCCUUUGCCAUGGCCAACACUGGCAUCGCCCUGUUUGUGAUUCUUCUUGCGUCUGUCGCCAUCUUCUCCUUGUAUUCUGUGCACUUGUUGCUGAAGACGGCCAAUGAAGGGGGCGCACUGGUGUACGAGCAGUUGGGUUACAAAGCCUUCGGGACACCGGGGAAACUCGCAGCCUCCCUCUCCAUCACCAUGCAGAACAUUGGAGCCAUGUCGAGCUACCUCUACAUCGUGAAAUACGAGCUGCCCACUGUUAUAAAAGCUUUCACAGGAGCCAACGACGAUCAAUGGUACAUCAACGGUGACUACCUGGUGUUGCUGGUUAGUGUUGGCAUUAUCCUGCCCCUGUCGCUGCUAAAGAACUUAGGUUACCUUGGUUACACAAGUGGUCUGUCACUGCUGUGCAUGGUCUUUUUUCUGAUUGUGGUGAUCAUCAAAAAGUUCCAGAUCCCAUGCCCUCUCCCUGAUAUUCACGACAACUCGACUCAUUCGUUGAACAUCUCACACAGCUUACACAGCGACAAUACUUCUGACGAGGACACCUGCAAGCCAAAAUACUUUAUCGUCAACUCACAGACUGUUUAUGCUGUCCCUAUUAUUACCUUCGCCUUUGUGUGCCACCCUGCCAUCCUGCCCAUGUACGACGAGCUCAAAGACCGUUCCCGCAAGAAGAUGCAGAAUGUCGCCAAUGUUUCUUUCCUGGCUAUGUUCAUCAUGUACCUGCUGGCUGCCCUUUUUGGAUACCUGACUUUUAACCAGCACGUGGGAGAUGAGCUGCUGCAUACCUACACCAAAGUGUACAAGUUUGAUGUGCUCCUGUUGAUUGUCCGUCUGGCCGUGCUGACCGCCGUCACCCUUACUGUCCCUGUUGUCCUCUUCCCUAUUCGUACCACUGUCAACCACCUCCUGUGCCCUUCUAAGGGAUUCAGCUGGGUUCGUCACACUACCAUCACUGUGUUCUUGCUGGCUGGCACAAAUGCCCUGGUUAUUUUCGUUCCCACCAUCAGGGACAUCUUUGGCUUUAUAGGAGCUUCUGCUGCUGCCAUGCUCAUCUUCAUCCUGCCUUCAGCUUUCUACAUCAGACUGGUCAAGAAAGAGUCCAUGAAGUCUAGGCAAAAGAUCGGGGUCUCUCCUGAAACUGUAUUUAGUCUUUAUAACCUGCUGAAGGUCUGCGCAGCGACAACACUACUGCUUUGAGAAGGCCUGCGAGCCUCCCGGUUCCACUUCCCCCACUCAGGGGUUGUGGGAAACUUGAAAUUUUUUCUUUAUGGGAGAAUACUUUGAAUUUUGACCACAUGCCGUGGUUAUAAGAUACCUGUUAAACUUGCAAAAAAAAAACAACCUAAGAAACAACUAAAAACAGGUUGCACUCUUGAACACCUUCAACCAAACAAUAACGAACAAGAGAGCUCGACGCGGAUUCCUUCCCACCGAGUGGAGAGCCUGUUGUAGAUGGCACACUGUGCUUCCAACAUUCACACGUCACCGAAAUGUUGUCAUCUAUUUAUGGAAGACCGGAGAUGUGCAGAAAAUGUUGUUUCUGCACAUCUCCGCUUGAGAGUACGUCAACCAACUCUUGACCUCAGCAGCAAAGAGGGCUUUGCCCACCAGUGUUACACUGUUGUUUCAAUGAAACACUAUGUAUAUCCUGUAAUUACGGUCCAAAUAAAUCAAAGACAAAUGGUAA